AUGUCCGCCUCUCCAUCCGCCUUGCAGUCGACCAAGCGUCCUCUUGAGGACCCUUCUUCACCUUCCGGUCCGAAUGACCAGCCAGAGGCCAAGCGCCCAGCUCUGGACAAAGUAGUAAAAGGAGAAGAAUCCGACAGCCAUGGAGACGUGAAGGAGCCCGGUGUUGCUACGAGCGCGGAUGGCCAGGGAGACACUGUUGUUCCAGAUGCUCCCAACUCCAAGGGAGCGCACGGUGAGACACAGCCGAUUCAGUCUACUGCCUCUCACGGCGAGACAGGCGGAAAUCAGUCCGACCAGCGGCCCCAGGACGAGUCCAGCUGGAUCCAUAUUCGUGCUGUAAUUUCUAGCCAAGAGGCUGCCACCGUCAUUGGUAAGGGCGGAGAGAAUGUAUCCCAGAUCCGCCGUUUGUCCGGUGCCAAGUGCACUGUUAGUGAUUACUCGCGCGGCGCAGUCGAGCGUAUCCUGACUGUCAGCGGCCCACAGGAUGCCGUUGCAAAGGCCUUUGGUCUGAUCAUUCGUACCCUGAAUAACGAACCCCUUGAUGCUGCUUCCACUGCACAAUCCAAGACCUAUCCCUUGCGCUUGCUGAUUCCUCAUAUUCUAAUUGGCUCAAUCAUUGGCAAGGGUGGUGGCCGUAUUCGUGAAAUUCAAGAGGCCUCUGGAGCUCGCCUCAAUGCGUCGGAUGCUUGUCUUCCCCUCUCCACUGAGCGGUCCCUCGUCAUCCUUGGUGUUGCCGACGCUGUUCACAUUGCCACGUACUAUGUUGCUGUGACCCUUGUUGAGCAGCUCACAGAGCGCUUUGGAGGACCAGCAGCCUCUGCAUACGCCACCCGCAGCGGCGGACCUGCAGGGGCCGUUCCAGGUGGUAUGCAAGUUGUGCCCUAUGUCCCACAACCCGCUGGUGGUCAGUACGGUCAUCCAGAUACCUUCAAGCGUCACCACCCUCACCCAAACCGCGCCGGUGCAGGUGCAUAUGGAGUACCUUACCUUCAUGGACAACACGCCCCUGCUCCUGUUGUCCAGCAAAACAUGCACUAUGGUGCACCCAACACCCCGUACUCUGGUGCCGGUCCCCACCAGCCUGCUCCAUACGGCGCGCCGCAGGCGGCUCAGCCGCGCGGUGGCCCAACUCCGGCCGCUCCUGUUGGCGGUGCCAUUCCUGGCCAGCCACUAACCCAACAGAUCUAUAUCCCUAACGACAUGGUUGGCGCCAUUAUCGGAAAGGGUGGUGCCAAGAUCAACGAGAUCCGACACCUCAGUGGCAGUGUGAUCAAGAUCAACGAGCCACAAGAGAACAGCAACGAACGCUUGGUGACGAUUACUGGAACCCAAGAGUGCAACCAGAUGGCCCUAUACAUGCUCUACUCCAGACUCGAAAGCGAAAAGCACCGCAUCUAA